UUCGCUCUGUGCUCACCACGCAGCUGCGUAGCUAUCUGAUCACCCCUCAAACCCAUUUUAUACCCACCUCAGCAGCCUCAAACUCCUGCCACCCCCGAUGUGGGACUAAACAAAGCUCCAAUUCUCCCCUCCCCAAAUACAUAAGCCUCUGCACGGUUUUUCCUCCCUAGGGUUUCGAAGCUGUCAAUGGCGUCCUCCGUCGUCACCGUCGGCGGUAAGGGCUCAACUCUCUCUCCUCUCUCAGUCUAUUCAAUCUCCAAUGCCUUGUCAAGGGUCAAAAUUGAUUCCUCCGCUUUAGACAAGCUCUCUUCUCAAUCGAAGAAACCCUCUUCGAUAUCCCCCCCCCCAAAAACCCUACCACCCACGAACCCUAAUUUCCUAACCACAGAAGAAUCCCGUGCUGCUCUCAUCGUCCUCUUGAACAAACUCAUCCUCUCCGAUUCCGACAUCCGUCCUGUUCUCCCGACCCUCAUCGAAGAAACCCUCAACCUCGAUCACGGGCACGAAACCCUGGACUUCAGUUCGACAUUUCAACUCCUCGACUCUCUCUGCCGGUUGAAUGGUAAGAGACUUGAUGAAAUUGGAGUGACAAGCGAUGAGAUUGGGGUGAUUGAGGGCUCUUUCGCUGCCUCGACCGGGAUUUGUGCGAUUUUGGAUUGCUGCGCUUCGGCUCUGGUGAGGUUAUCUGAUGCUGUUGCUGCGUUGUCUUGCGAAGCGGGUCGGGUUGAUGUGAAGGUGUUCAAUUUGCCCGUUUCGGGUGAUGGGUUUUCGAUUAAGGAUGAGACCAACGUGGCUGGAGAUAUGAAGGUUCUGUUGGCGGAAUCGAAGCUUGCGGAUAAGGUUGACUCGGUUUUGUUUGCGGAGAUUCCUACUCUUAAUGCUAGUUUUAGAGAAGCUGUUAGGUCUUUGCAUUCUAGAGUUCGGGUUGAGUUGAACUCUGUUGUUAAAGCGAAGAAGACAGUUGGAGUUGGGAGUAAGGGAAAAGAGAAGGCUUUUGUUGCUUCCGUGUUGCCACUUGCGAUGGCUAUUCAGUCUAUGAGUGAAUGCAGUUUAGGCCGAGCUAGAUUGGCUAUUGAAUCAUUGAGUGAUCAAGAGCUAAAAGCAAGAGUGUUGGAGAAUUUUGAGAAGAGAAGUCCAAAUAUUGACAAGUUAAAAGAAAGUUUUCAGGUGAUUACUGAAAAGGCUUCAUCUGGGUCAGAUUAUGUUAAAGGUUUGCAUUCUGUGUAUGAUACUUUGAUUAACUUUAGAGAGAUUCUUGCUUGGGAGGCGGUGGUGGCUCUAUUUGUGCUUGACACGGAUGAAUCGAUUGAAAAGGUUCAAGUUGGUCCUUCAGCUAGUAUUCUGGAGAGUGGAGAGAACUCAAAGGGUGAAAAAAAGAGCGAGAAGAAGAAGAAGAAGAAGAAGACUCUAGGGAAGGGAACUUCACUUAUAAGGCAGCUUCUUAAAGACCGAUUUAUGGGCAAAAAUGAGGCAUCUAUUGAAGAUGUUGCUGUUUUGGUUGAGUGGGUAAAAGAACUUCUGCUUUACUUCGAUCCCAAGGACAGUGGACUGGAUUCCUUGCUGAAUAAAGUGAAAGAGAUAGUUGAGAACAAUGAUAGCAGGAGACUGCCAAAAAUCCCGAAAGGAACCCGUGAUUUUGCAAAAGAAAAAAUGGCCAUAAGGGAGCGUGCAUUUUCAAUUAUCGUUAAUGUUUUCAAGAUGCACGGAGCAGUUGGACUUGAUACUCCUGUAUUUGAACUUAGAGAGACUCUUAUGGGGAAGUAUGGGGAAGAUUCAAAGUUGAUAUAUGACCUUGCUGACCAGGGUGGUGAGCUUUGUUCUCUGCGAUAUGACUUGACUGUCCCUUUUGCACGAUACCUUGCAAUGAACAAUAUCAGUGCGUUGAAGAGGUACCAAAUAGCUAAAGUGUACAGAAGAGAUAAUCCAUCAAAAGGGAGGUUUCGUGAAUUCUACCAGUGUGACUUUGAUAUCGCUGGUCAAUAUGAAAUAAUGGAACCUGAUUUUGAGGUUAUCAAAGUUCUGACUGAACUGCUGAAUGACCUCAAUAUAGGUGAUUUUGAGAUAAAGCUGAACCACCGGCAAUUACUGGAUGCAAUGUUGGAGAUAUGUGGUGUGCCUUCUGAAAAAUUCAGAACAGUAUGUUCUAGUAUUGACAAAUUGGAUAAGCAAUCAUUGGAAGAAAUAAAAAAGGAACUGGUGGAUGAAAAAGGCUUGACUGUUGAAAUAGCAGAAAGAAUUGGCAUGUUUGUAAAGAAAAGAGGUUCGCCACUUGAAUUAUUAUCAGAAUUGAGAAGCAAGGAUAGUCAGUUGUUGGAUAACGCUGGAUCUGUUAUUGCCUUGAACGAAUUGGAGAUUUUAUUUAAAGCUCUUGAGAAAUCAAGAUGUAUAGACAAAGUUGUGUUUGAUCUGAGUCUUGCAAGAGGUCUUGAUUAUUACACUGGAGUUAUAUUUGAAGCAGUGUUUAAAGGUUCUACACAGGUUGGUUCUAUAGCAGCUGGCGGGCGUUAUGACAAUUUAGUGGGGAUGUUCAGUGGAAAACAGGUCCCUGCAGUUGGUGUUAGCCUUGGAAUUGAGCGCGUGUUUGCAAUUAUGGAACAGCUCGAAAAUGACAAACACGAGGCAACUCGUGCAACCGAGACACAAGUAUUGGUCGCGAUUCUCAGCAAGGAUCUCGCUCUGGCUGCAGAGCUAGUGAGCGAACUGUGGGACGCAAAAAUUAAAGCAGAGUUCGGACUCACCAAGAGAGUGAUGAAUCACAUCAACCGCGCAAAGCAAGCUGGCAUCCCUUGGAUGGUGAUUGUGGGUGAAUCAGAAAUAAGUAGCGGUAUUGUCAAAUUAAAGAACAUUGAAGUUAACCAGGAGGAUUCUGUGCCUAGAGAAGAAAUGGUUAAUGAGCUUAAAAGAAGAUUAAACAUUUGAUGCGCGGAUCAUGUCAUUGGGUUGCAAGUUACUGUAAUUUGUUAGGCUACUGGCAAUUGUUUGUUUGUGGUUAGGGUGGAUCAAUUGGAUAGAUGCUACUUGUUGGGUGGUAUUUUGUAAUCCUUUUUUUUUUUUUUUCAUUUUUACAAUCUAGAAAUUUAUCAACAGACCACACUGUGGAGACUAGAGAAAACUAUACGAAAGUCUUUUUAAACAAA